AGUGGAGGUGAAUACAAAUGAACAAAUGCUCAAUUUUGAAGAUAUUCAUUUGCACACCACGUUUGCUUUUUGGACUCCGUAUGGAAGCGACAAAAAAUACAUCUCUAGGAGAAAUUAUCACCGCGAUUAUUAAGUACACUUCACGAAGAGGUCACGGACAUGGAAACAUUCAUGAUGCUGGACAAGGACGACUUUACCAGACUGGAAUUAUCGACGAAGAAAAUCAAAUUGAUCCAAAAAAUCCAAAGGCAAUACACCGAUCUAAUCAUUGAAGAAAGGCUUGAUGAAACCGAAGACACCGGCGCGAACACUGGAAAAGAAGAAGACGAUCCCACUGUUGAGGCUGAUGUCAGCACAAAUCCAGAAGACAUCUACAAGUCUAUUAAUCUUGAUCAGGAAAUCAACAUCGACACUAUACUUUGCAAAACCGAAACAGGCAGGAAUUUGAUUGAACGCCUGAAGGAAGGUCAAAAUUCAAACGAAAAAAUGAUAACGCAGAUCUCCCACAUCUUGUGUGACUGUUUGCGAGCAGUGUAUGGCGAGAGGCCAUCCACAUUCCAUAAGGAAAUGAUAGCAAAAUCGCUUGUAAAGACGUACCCCAUCCUUGGAUCUGCUGCCUCCGAUGUACCACAUGCUUUGUGGUUCCACAAGAACGGUCGCGGAGAAGGCCGGCAUGCUGGGAAAAUCCAUUAUCGAAUGGAAUAUUUUGCUAAGAAGUCAGAUAACAGAGUCAUCCGUCGUCGUCAAAACCCACAACAAUCUCAACCGGACGCUGAACCGGAUCAAGCGGAACCAUUGGAAACUGUUGAAGAUUUUGAAUGCUUGGUUAACGAACUGAAAUUUUCGGUCCCGUCGGAACAAACCAAAACGCACAUCAAGAAUCUCUGGAAAAGGACCAUCAGGUUCCGGAAUGACCACAGAGACGCCGGCUCAUUUCUGACAUUUCUAACGGAUUUCCCGGUGGCCUCAGCGUUCGGCGGGUUAUUGAUAAUGUCGGACUACGAAGCAUUGCAUCCCAAAGCACCGGAUUUCAGAGCAGCAUGGAACGAACUUCAAGAAAAAAUUCUUGAACGGUAUCGCGAUAAGUAUCGGUUCCUGAAAAAUGAUUUCAUCCGAGCGUUAGCGAUUGUUCGAGAGAAAAACCCGACUCGUGGGUCAAAACGCCCAAGGGAAAGGAAUGAGCAGGAUCUGCGGAAGAAUAACCCUCUUCAUGGAAUAAUCCUAUGGAUCAAUGCCGAUGCUCCUAUACCAGAACCAGAUGUUCCGCAAAUUGUGAUAAGAGGAGAAGAGUUUGUAGAAGGUAAUGGAUCACUCGUUUGGAAGAACGUAGCGAUCCCGCUCGAAACAGAUAUCUUAUCAGCCUUUGCCUUGCUGUGUGCGACGUUCACCGUGUUUAACGUAAAAUGUUCGCCGUCGGACAAGUUGUUCUACGGUUUUUUCAACGCAACGUGCUUCAAAGUAGAUGCUUUAAGCACCACUGGUAACAAGUUUUUGAGCUUGCUCUGAUCCAAUUUGCAACCUUUGAUUUUCUCUACAUAUACAAAUGAAAUGAAUACCUAUGAAGCAGACAAAUAAAAUGACCAUUUUUUAA